AUGGCCCGAAUUAACAGCAGUUUUGAUGACACACCCAACGGAUCUCCUCUCGUCGUCCCUCCCGGUCCUCUUGCUGCUGCUGCGUUCGAAAGCGGCAUGAGCGCUGUCGAAGAACUGAGGCUGCUCAAGGCUCAGGUCCAAGAUGUCGCCCGUGUGUGCAAUGCUGUGGCCAGAGGUGACUUGUCUCAGAAAAUUACGGUUCCCGUGCAGGGUGUGGUCAUGGUUCAAUUGAAGGACGUUAUAAACACUAUGGUCGACAAAUUGGGACAGUUCGCCAAAGAGGUCACUCGUGUCAGUCAAGAAGUCGGUACAGAAGGUAAACUCGGUGGACAGGCUCUCGUAUUGGAUGUCGAAGGUACUUGGCGGGAAUUGACUGGCGUCGUCAAUAAAUUAGCUGCCAAUUUGACCAAUCAAGUCCGAAGUAUCGCCAAGGUCACUAAAGCUGUCGCUCUGGGAGAUUUGUCGAAACAGAUCGAUGUCGAUGCUCGUGGCGAAAUCCUUGAUUUGAAAAAUACCGUAAACGGAAUGGUUAUUCGGCUUCGUGCGUUAGCCGCCGAAGUCACUCGUGUCACAUUGGAAGUCGGAUCUCAAGGCAAGUUGGGUGGUCAAGCGCAUGUACCAGAUGUCGAAGGUGUUUGGUUCGAGUUGGUUCGCAAUGUCAAUCGGAUGUGUUCAAGCUUGACGGAUCAAGUGCGGUCUAUUGCCAAAGUCACAACGGCCGUUGCCAAGGGUGACUUGACGCAGAAGAUUGAGAUCCAGGUCGAAGGCGAAAUGUCAACUUUGAAGGGUACUGUCAAUUCCAUGGUGGACCAGUUGAGCGCCUUCGCAUCAGAAGUCACUCGUGUCGCGCUUGAAGUCGGAACGCAAGGUAUAUUGGGUGGUCAGGCUCGCGUAGAAGGUGUCCAGGGUACCUGGGCUGACUUGACACGCAACGUGAACAAAAUGGCUAGCAAUUUGACUGACCAAGUACGAUCGAUCUCAGAGGUCACAAAGGCUGUCGCCUUGGGCGAUCUAAACAAAGUCGUCAACGUCGAUGUGCAGGGAGAAAUGCUGGAUUUGAAAAUGACUGUCAAUUCUAUGGUUGCCCAAUUGUCUACGCUCGCCAACGAAGUUACUCGUGUGUCUUUGGAAGUCGGUACGGAAGGUAUUUUGGGCGGUCAAGCAUAUGUCCCCGAUGUGCAGGGCAUGUGGAAGGUUCUUACAGAUAAUGUCAACCUCAUGGCUAUGAAUUUGACCAACCAGGUGCGAUCGAUUGCAGAAGUGACUAAGGCCGUCGCUGGUGGCGACUUGACGAAAAAGAUUGAAGUCGACGUGCGCGGCGAAAUCAAGGAGUUGAAGGAGACUGUCAAUGGCAUGACCGAGAGCUUGAGUCUCUUCGCCGAUGAAGUCACUCGUGUCGCAAGGGAGGUCGGCACAGAAGGACGCUUGGGAGGUCAGGCUCGCGUAACUAACGUUGGUGGUACAUGGAAGGACUUGACGGACAAUGUGAACGUCAUGGCUGCUAACUUGACCUUACAAGUCCGAACCAUUGCUGUCGCAACCACUGCUGUCGCCCGCGGAGACUUGACUCAACAAAUCACUGGUGUCUCUGUGUCCGGAGAGAUGUUAAGCUUGGUCAACACUAUCAACGACAUGAUUGCUCAAUUGGCAAUCUUCGCCAAGGAAGUCAAGAAGGUCGCAUUCGAAGUCGGUACAGAGGGUAAAUUGGGUGUCCAGGCUGAGGUGGGCAACGUCCAGGGUAUCUGGCAGGAAAUCACAAUGUCCGUCAACACUAUGGCCGGCAACUUGACCACGCAAGUGCGUGGGUUUGCCCAGAUCUCGGCAGCUGCUAUGGACGGAGACUUCACUCGUUUCAUCACUGUUGAGGCCAGCGGAGAGAUGGACUCUUUGAAAACACAGAUCAAUCAGAUGGUAUUCAAUUUGCGUGACAGUAUCCAGAAGAACACCGCUGCGAGGGAGGCAGCUGAGCUGGCGAACAGGAGUAAAUCUGAAUUCCUAGCGAACAUGUCGCAUGAAAUCAGGACACCCAUGAACGGAAUUAUUGGCAUGACGGAGCUAACUCUCGACUCUGAUUUGAACCGAUCGCAACGAGAAAGUUUGCUCUUAGUGCACUCAUUGGCUCGCUCGCUCCUCCUCAUCAUUGAUGAUAUUUUGGAUAUCUCAAAGAUUGAGGCCGGUCGAAUGACUAUGGAGGCCGUCUCGUACUCCCUCCGUCAAACAGUAUUCGGCAUACUGAAAACCCUUGUCGUCCGCGCCUCCCAAAACAACCUGGAUCUCACAUAUGACGUGGACCCAGACAUACCUGAUCAACUUAUCGGUGAUUCGCUACGUCUUCGUCAGGUCAUCACGAACUUGGUUGGUAACGCUAUCAAGUUCACGCCGUCCAAGGUCUCCCGCAAAGGCCACGUUGCACUUAGCACGAGGCUGUUGGCGCUUGAUGACUCGAGUGUGACCCUAGAGUUCUGUGUCACCGAUACGGGGAUCGGUAUUGCCAAAGACAAACUGAACCUCAUUUUCGACACCUUCUGUCAGGCAGAUGGUUCGACGACGAGAGAAUACGGCGGAACCGGUCUGGGCCUUUCCAUCUCCAAACGCCUUGUCAACCUCAUGCAAGGCAACAUGUGGGUCGAGAGCGAGGUUACGAAGGGAAGCAAGUUUUUCUUCACGAUCACAUCGCAGAUCUCCCAAAGCACGCUGGACACCACACUGCAAAAGAUGCAACCAUUCCAGAAGCGUGCUAUUUUGUUCGUUGACACCCUCAACGACACGACUGGGGUUGUCCAAAGGAUCCAAGAGCUUGGACUGAGACCAUAUGUCAUCCACGAUGUCAGCGAGGUAGCUGACAAGGAGCGCUGUCCGCAUAUCGACACUAUCGUCGUGGACUCGUUGAGCAUGACCGAGAGUAUUAGGGAAUAUGAGCACUUGCGCUACAUUCCCAUCGUAUUACUGGCGCCCUCGAUGCCACGUCUGAAUCUUAAAUGGUGCUUGGACAACAGCAUCAGCUCGCAGGUUACGACCCCAGUCACAGCUCAAGACCUUGCUUCCGCACUCAUUUCUGCCCUGGAGUCAAAUACUGUCUCACCUGUCUCGGCGCCGAAUGACAUUGUCUUUGACAUCCUGCUUGCCGAAGAUAACAUGGUUAACCAAAAACUAGCAGUCAAGAUUCUGGAGAAGUAUGGCCACACAGUCGAGAUCGCAGAGAAUGGAAGUCUAGCUGUCGAUGCGUUCAAGGCACGGAUACAAGUGAACAAGCCAUUCGACAUCAUUUUGAUGGAUGUAUCGAUGCCUUUCAUGGGAGGAAUGGAGGCAACUGAGCUCAUCCGAGCGUAUGAAAUGCACAAAGGACUCCUACGGAUUCCCAUCAUUGCCCUCACCGCUCACGCCAUGAUUGGCGAUCGCGAGCGAUGCCUGCAGGCAGGCAUGGACGAUCACAUCACUAAACCCCUUCGUCGUGGAGAUCUCUUGAAUUCGAUCAACAAGCUCGCAGGCGAGCGGGCACAGCUAGCCAAGCAGCAUCACCUCCUCCACAGGCCACCUGCUCUCAUGGCACCAUGA